AUCAAGCUGACCCGGGACUGUUUGAUCUCAAAAGUAUUGCAGCCUUGUCCAAACUGAGUUACAAUAGUGGUUCGGGCCGGGCUGAUCCAAACACAAUCAAGAUUGAAAUGCCAUCAGGCCCGACCCGAGCCACUUCGCCUGCCACUAACUGAAAGUUAGUCUGAUUGGAAUUACCAAUGCACCUUGUCUGCCAUAAAGACAGCGGGUUUACAGGCAGAUGUAUGUCUAUAUGUAUGUAUAUACAGAUGUAUGAGAAGCGUUGGUCUGCUGCAUGAUGAGAAACAUCAAAGCACUCAAUUUUAUUAGGGUUCUUAUUCUUAACGUUCAUAUCUGCGUUGUUUCUUUGUCCCUGUCAAACAAUGUACGAUCCCAUUCCUUCAAGAAUAUCCCACUCCCAUCCCCAGCAUCAGGUUCUGAAUCUUUUGCCUUUGAUUCGGAUAGCAACGGACCUUACACAGGUCUCAAUGAUGGAAGGAUCGUCAAGUACCAUGGCCACAAAACAGGCUUUCUUGACUUCGCCACAACUGCCCCAAACAGAUCCAAGGAGCUCUGCGAUGGGACUAAUGGGGAUGACUUGAAACGAGGGCUUUUAUGUGGGAGACCACUUGGCUUGGAAUUCAACCACAAGACAAGGGAGCUCUACAUCGUCGAUGCUUUCCAGGGACUCAUGGUGGUCGGCGCUAAUGGCGGCCUUGCCAACCUCCCCCGUGGAAGAGACGGAGUGCCCUUCGAUGCUCCAGACGCCAUUGCUAUCAAUCCCAUCACCGGCCACGUUUAUUUUACAGAUGUCGGCGCCAUUUUCUUCAAAACCACGAACAUGUCGGAAAUCCUCCAGAGCGGAGACACAGGAGGACGACUGCUGAAAUACAAUCCCAAGACCAAGCAGAGAACGGUUGUGCUGACAGGGCUGUCGGUGCCGAACGGGGUGGCUGUCAGCAGGGAUGGAUCCUUUGUCCUGAUUUCAGAAUACAUAGCCUGCAGGAUAAGGAGGCUCUGGCUGACGGGUUCCAGAGCUAAUAGUUGGGAUAUAUUUGCACAACUUCCGGGGAAUCCCGACAACAUCAAGAGAACCAAAACAGGGGAUUUCUGGGUGCCUGUCAACAUACAGAAACUGUAUCCUAAGCUUGUUAGUUUUCCUUUGGGGCAGAAGAUUAAUGUCCAUGGUGAGAUCGUGGAGACAGUGAAUUUCUACAGAGAGUAUAAUUCUACGUAUGUUACUGAAGUUCAGGAACACGAGGGAUCAUUGUACGUGGCUUCAGUGUAUACUCAUUCUGUAGGUGUUUACAGGGGGAUUACCUGUUGAUGUGAUUUUCCAAUUAAAACGGAAACUUGAAUCUACUUAUUGAUUGGCGAAUCCCUUUAAUUGAAGAUUUCAUGGUAGUCCAUAAAGAUCUGUCUAUCCGACCCCAAGAAUCACCAUAGACAAUAUAGGAUUGACUAUAUAUAGU